AAGUCCGGGGUAAGUAUACAGCGUACUGUUAACAGUCCCACCACGUCUACUCCGUGUGUUUCUCUGCGCAGGCCCGGUGCACCCAGGACGCGAUCUUCCCAGAUGUCCUUCACUGCGACGCCGGGACACCACGGACCCUGGGUGCAUCCACAGCGGAGGACGCGAGCCGGGUCCCGGGCGACGACAUCUCCCCCUCCUGCCUUCGAGAUCUCCAUCCAGAACCGCUUCGCUCCCCUCCGAGAGACAGGACGCUACGCUGUGAUCAUCGGAGACUCCAUCGUCCGACACGUAAGUGCUACGUUAGCCGAAGGUAAAGUCCACACUCAUUGUUUGCCUGGUGCUCGUGUUCUCGAUGUUUCUGCGCAGAUACCCGCGAUCCUGAAGUACGACGAGAGCCCCAGAGCGGUCGUGCUUCACGCCGGAGUUAACGACACCACGCUGCGGCAGACGGAGACGCUGAAGAGGGACUUCAGGAGCCUGAUCGAGACGGUUCGCAGCACGACGCCCGCGGCGACGAUCAUCGUGUCAGGACCACUGCCCACGUAUCGACAAGGAAACGAAAGGUUCAGUAGACUUUUUGCUUUAAAUAAAUGGUUGUUGUCAUGGUGUAAAGAGCAGAAACUGCUAUUUGUUAAUAACUGGAAUCUUUUCUGGGAGCGUCCUAGGCUGUUUCGCGCUGAUGGAUUACACCCCAGCAGAGUCGGAGCGGAGCUUCUCUCUGACAACAUCUCCAGGACACUUCGCUCCAUGUGACUAAACACCUGAGAAGAGAUGAUGCUGACCCUCAGAGGACCUCAGAUGAUGCUAACCCUGAAUCAACAACAGAACUAACAAUUAUUGCUAAAUGUGUGACUGCAUCAUAUAGUAACUUAAUUAAUAAUAUUGAUAGUUCAUCGUCUAGCUGACUACGUCUUGUAUUAUUAUUAUU